AUGUCUGAUACUCAACCGGACACCAAGGAUGGUCAACAUGAAAGCAAAGCCGCCAAUGCCUGCAUCAGCGUUGAAGGCUCAACGCAAGAUGUCAUGCUUCGUCGCCAACGAAUAUCGGACGUCUUUACAAUUUUUUGUGCAGGAGCAGCACUAAUAUCAGAUGGAUAUCAGAAUAAUCUGAUGACUAUGUCAAAUGUACUGUUCAAGAAAGAAUAUCCUCAGCAGUAUACAUCGUCCGUCAGUACGCGGGUGUCCAACGCUCUCCUCAUUGGCGAGAUUCUCGGUCAGAUCGCCAUUGGUCUCACGUGCGACUAUCUUGGACGAAAGACAGCCAUUGUGCUCACUACACUGUGCAUUGUCGUCGGCGGUAUUCUAGCCACAGCAGCACACGGCACGAGCAUCGAUGGCAUGUUUUGGAUGCUGACGGUAGCUCGAGGAGUCGUUGGCUUUGGGACUGGUGGCGAGUAUCCUGCGAGUAGCACAUCCGCCUCUGAAAGUGCCAAUGAGCGAGCAUUGAACAAACGAGGACCGAUUUUCAUCCUUGUCACAAAUCUGCCGCUGUCUUUUGGGGGCCCGCUUGCAGUCUCUAUUUUCAUGGUUGUUCUCUCAGCCGCUGGAGCUGAAAACCUCUCAACUGUGUGGCGUGUCUGUUUUGGAAUCGGGAUCUUGCUACCUCUCACUGUCUUCUACUUCCGAUUACGCAUGCUCAACUCGAAGCUCUACCGCCAGGGUGCAAUCAAAAGAAGGGUUCCUUAUGCCCUCGUCCUUCGUUACUAUUGGAAAACACUCAUUGGCACUUGUGGUGCUUGGUUCUUGUACGACUUUGUAACGUUUCCAAACGGGGUCUUCUCGGGCACCAUCCUUGCCUCCGUCGUACCCGAGGGCGGCAACACUCUUUUACACACGGCAGAAUGGCAGCUCCUCCUCGGUUGCAUUGCUCUUCCUGGCGUAUUCAUUGGUGCUUGGAUGUGCGACAGGGUGGGCAGGAAGAAUACCAUGAUGGUAGGGUUCGCGGGAUAUCUGGUGUUUGGUUUGAUCAUUGGCUGUUCAUACGACAAAAUCACCAAGAUUGUGCCCUUGUUUGUCGUUUUCUAUGGUCUCAUGCAGUCUUCUGGAAAUCUUGGGCCUGGAGAUAUGCUUGGUCUGCUCUCGUCCGAAAGCUACGCAACAAGCGUCCGCGGAACAUGCUACGGCAUCAGCGCAGCGCUGGGUAAGACUGGCGCAGCGGUUGGUACUCAGGCUUUCAAGCCCAUUCAACAGACUUUGGGAAAGCGCUGGACAUUUAUCAUCGCUGCAAUUUGUGGCAUAGCGGGAGUUUUAGUGACAUACUUCUUUAUCCCGAAUAUCACUGGAGAGGACUUGAGCGAGAAUGACAAGAGGUUCCAUGCAUAUCUUGUUGAUCAUGGAUGGGAUGGGGAGAUAGGGGAUGGGGAAUCGAAACUUCCUGCUAAUGGCCUUGCAGCAACGACCUCGGCGAAUAAUGCUCCCGUGGAGAAGGCAGGAUAA